AUGAGCUCCACUUCCAGCAAUCCUGAUGAUGGAGACACCACGGAGCAGUCUCAGCUGGAGUUGGACACAGUGAUCAAGAAGUUGGAGGACACCAUCCUGAGUCCCAUGGCCAGAAGGGAAGACCGGGCGCUAACUGUGCGAGGAGAAGGUCAACGAGCCUCACCCACUCCUGUGCCAGCCCGUAUCCGAGAGAUCGUGUCGAGCAGCCUGGGUGAGGAGCCACUCUCAGCGCUGCGGGAACCGCCAGCUACUACGACCCAUGCACGGGAGGAGAGUGAACUCCUGCAAGAGGAGCUGACACGGUUGGAGGACCUGUUGGCCCAGGCGGAUGCUGAGCGGGAAGAGCUGGCUAGCAGGUGUCACAUGGUCAGCCAGAGGCUGCAGGCCCGCCUGGAUACCACUGAGGCCCGACUUCGGAAGUCAGAGCUGGAACACAGCAUGGAUUUGGAGGAGGCUCUUAGCCGGCUGGAGGCCUCACAGCAGAGGAGCAUGGGCCUUUCCCAAGUAAACACCCUCCUUCGGCAACAGCUGGAGCACAUGCAAAAAGCCAACGACACAUUGGCCAGAGAGCUGACCAGAACAACACACAGCUUGGUCCGCCUGCAGCGCAAGUUGGAGCUCCAAGAGAGCCAAAGGUUGAGCCUAAGGCAACCUCGAGACAUCCUUCCCCUGUGGAGACAGGCCAAGGCUCUGCAGAAACACCUGGCUGAGCUUCGGGCAUCCAUUGAGAGGGGUCUCACAGAUGUUCAGGCGGACAUGACCCGGACGGCCCAGCGCUUGCAUAUGGCCUGCCUGAGCCUCGACUCCCACCUGCGGCUGACAGCCAGCAGCAUGACCAGUGACCUGGAACAGCGGCUGAGGGAGCAGGCUAGGGAGAUGCUCCAGCUGCAGGGCCAAUGGGCCGCUGAGAAGGUGGCACUUCAAGCCAGACUCUCAGAGCAGACACUGCUGGUAGAGAAGCUCUCUGCGCAGAAGGAGCAAGGAGAGAGAGCCAUCCUGACACUCAAGUCUGACAUCCAGAGACUGAAAUCCCGGCGCAGUGGUGGCCAGCUGGCAGUGGAUGAACUGAGGGAUGAGGUUGAAUCCCUGCACCAUGUCCUGGCCAGCAUCAAGGAGGUGGCCCAAUCAGAUGCUAUGUGUCCAGAGUUGGCCUGGAGCAGCAGCUUUGAAGUCAGGGAAGCACAGGCCCGACUGCGGAGCCCACCUCGUUCUGUAUCACCACACUCGCGCAUGUCCCCAACUCGGACCAGCUCUCCAACCAGUCUGCAUCCUGCGCUGCAGGCUGUGCAGGCAGCCAUUGAGAGGCGGCAGCAGCGGAAGCAGGAGCUGCGUCUGAAGCUGGAGUCCUCCCAAGAAGAAGCAGCGGGGCUCCGGGAGCAGCUGUCUGGGUACCGGCAGGAACUGCGGACCUCACAGAGGCUUCUGCAGGACAGGGCACAGGAGCAUGAGGAUCUGCUGGGCCAGCUGGAGGCCCAGAGGCAGGAGGCACAGCUCUCCCAGGCGUCUGUCCAUCUCCUGGAAAGGGAGAAAGAAGCCCUGGAGACGACAAUGGAGGAGCUGAGGGCCAAGGCAGACAUUCGGGAGGCUGAGACCCAGAAGCUGGAGGUCACAAACGCAGAGCUGAGGAGAAGCCUUCUGCUGCGGGCAGAGCAGAAAGCAGAGCUGGCCCAGCAGAGUGAGCGCAGCCUUCGUGAGCUGGAGGCCAGCCAGGGCCGUGUGGAACAGCUGGAAGAAAAGGUUUCUGGGCUCAGGAAGGAGCUGGCCACAUCCCGGGAGGCACUAAGCUCAAUGCAGCUGCAGAGGGACAUCUUGGAGACGGAGAAGGAGAGCCUGCAUGGUGCCCUGGCCCAGGCUGAAUCAGGCAAUGCUGACUUGGAACUGCUGGUGACACGGCUGAAGACAGAGGGGAUGGAGCAGCAGGACUCACUGGCCAAGAUGGCUGCCCUGCUGGAAGGGCUUUCCCAGGACAAAGGCACCCUAAACCAUCUGGUACUUCAGCUGGAGCAGGAACGGGACCAGCUUCGGGAGCAGCAGAAGAUGCUGCAGCAGGAGCAGGCUGGCAUGAGAGAGCAGCUGACACAGAAGGAGCAGCAGCUAGGGUUCAUUCGGGCUGAGCGGAGAAGUCUGAAGGAGACAUGUGGGCACCUGGAGCAGAAACAGGACCAUCUAGAGAAGCAGGUGGUCCUGCUGGGACAGGAGAGUGCCCAGCUCCGGGAGCAGGUGGGCCAGGUCACAAACAAGAAACAGGCCCUAGAGAAGCAGCUGGCACAGAGCCUGCAGGACCAGGAGGCCCAGAUGGACAUUCUGCAAGAAGCCCUCCAUGAGAAGAACACACUGUCUGAGGAGCGGGCCCAACUACUGGCUAAGCAGGAAGCCCUGGAGAGACAUAGCGAGCUUGUGACUAAGGAGGCAGCUGAUCUGAGGGCUGAGAGGAACUCUCUGGAGAACAGCCUCUUUGAGGCCCAGCGACUGACAACGCAGUUGCAGACCCAGCAGGAACAGCUAGAAGGAAAGGCUGAGGCUGCUCAGCUCGCUCGCCGGGCCUUGCAAGUGGAAAUGGAGCGGCUGAAAAGUGACUGGGAAGUCCGAGAGACAAAGCUGCAGUGGGACCUGGGACAGCUGCAGCAGCAGGCUGCGCAGCAAGAGCAAGAGGCACAGCUGGCCUUGGAGCGCCAGGAGCUGGCGCACACAGAGGACCUGGCCCGGCUGCACAGGGAGAAGGACACCCUCAGUUUAUCACUGGCAGAGGAGAAAGAGGCGGCUGCCCGGUGGAUGGAACAACAGAAAGAGCUGCUGACAAGAAGUACAGCCGACAGGGAGGCAUUGCAGGGGGAGAUUCAGAACCUGAAGCAGGAGCGAGACGAGAGCCUCCUUCAGCUGGAGCACGAGAUGCAGCAGGCCCUGUCUCUGAAGGAUGCAGAGAAGAGCCUGCUGAGCAAGGAGCUCUCUGGAGCUCACCGGGAGCUGGAACGGGCCCGGCAGGAGGCCCAGAACCAGCAAGUCCAAGCUGAGGCUACCAUUACCACCAUGACCAAAGAGCUGAGAACCCUCCAGGUCCAGUUUGAAGAGGCCAUCUCCACCCACCAGAGAGAAGCUGACACUCUAAGGGAGAAGCUCCGUGAGAUAGCGGCCGAGCGAAGCAGCGUGAGGAGAGAGGCUGAGGAGCUGCAGGCACAGCUGAACGUGGCUCACGAAAGGCUGGCUGAACUGCGUCAAGAACUUCAGGACAGUGAAGAGAGUCGUGAGGGGCUACAGAGGGAGGCCUUGGAGGCUCGCCGGGCACUGGAAGAUGAGGUUCAAGAGAAGGAUGUACUGCAACAUUCCAACACUGAGCUGCGGGCCUCCAUCCACAGGGCUGAGCAAGAGAAAGCCAGUUUGAAGAGGUCCAAGGAGGAGCAGGAGCAGAAGCUGCUGUUGCUUCAGGAGGCCCAAGUGGCAGCUCAGAAGGAAGCCUAUGAGCUGAGGACCAGGCUGCAGGAGUUGGAACGGGCCCAGAGAGAUACCCGUCGCAAGCUCCAGGAGCGCCACAGACAGGUAAGGACACUGGAAGCUGAGAACCAGAGGAAGAGACAGGAGGUGAGUGACCUGCAAGCCCAGGUCUCAAGGGAUGCACAACAUCGGCGGAAGAACCUACAGGAGUCACUAGAGCUGCAGAGGCAGGUAGCUGAGGCCCAGGCUGCCCAUGAUGGCAUCCAGAAGGAGGUUCUAGGGCUACAGCAGAAGUUGGCAGAAGUAGAGGCUUCAGGGGAGACCAGGGCAAAGCAGCUGGAGGGGCAUCUUUGUGAGAGCCAGAGGGCUGAGCAGACCCUGCAGGCUGAGCUGGGCAGAAUCACCAGGAAGCUACAGCAGGCCAGCAACCAGGCUGACAGCCUUCAGAGAAGCCUGGACAAUGCCUGUAGCCGAGUCCACGUCUUGGAACAGGAGCUGGCCAAAGCUGAGAGUGCUAGGCGUAAUGCAGAAGCUCAGCUGGGCCGGCUGUGGUCCACACUCUGCAGUGGCCUAGGCCAAAGUCAGAACCUCUUGGCCUCUCCAAAGAGGCCCCAUUCUCCCACAACAGGCAGCUCCCAGACUCGUCCUGGACGGCAAAGGGCCAGUCCCCCUACUAGAUCCUACUCUCCUGCCCGAUGGUCCUCGCCUGUACCUGUGGAUCCUAAUUCGGAGGUCAUCAUCGAUGUGGCCUUUGUAAGGGAUGCCCUGAGAGACCUGGUGCAAGGGCUUCUGGAGGCCCAGCAGGAACGGGACAACUCUGAUAUUCAGGUGGCCAGUCUGAGCAGCCAGCUGAGCGAGGCAGAGAGGGAGCGCAUCCGCCUACAGAGCCGUGUAGAGCAGCUUCAGAGGGACCUAGCAGAUGCAGAGGAAGGCCAGCGCAGGGCAGAGAGUGCACUGCAGAGUGCCCAGGCAGCUCGGGCCCUACAGAAGGAGGCGCUCCAGAGGCUGGAGACAGAGCAUCUGGCAAGUGCACGCGCUGCAGGCCAGGAGAGGAGAAGGCUUCAGGAGCAAAUAGACACCCUGCAUCAGGCCCUGGAAGAGAGCAGCAGGCACAGCCAGAGCCUUGCAGACAAGGGGAGGCUCCUGGAGCAGCCCCUGCAGCAGGUGCUUCCGCACAGCCAUAGGGAUCGGGCAGAGAGGCGCGCCCUUCGAGAGCAAACAACUUCACUGCGCACCGAGCGGGCUCGCCUACAGGGGGAGCUCGCGGCACUGCGCACGCGCCUCAUACAGACAGAGCAGGAGACCCUGAGGAAGGAGGAGGACACGGCAAUGCUGGGGGCUAAGAAGGAGCUGCUGCUCCAGUCACUGAGUCACCUACACCAGGAGGUGGAUGGGGCCUUACGGCAGAGCCAGCAGCUGCAGGUAGCUAGCCUGAAGAAACGGCUGGACAAGGAAGUGCGGCAGCGGCAGCAACAGGCCCACAGUGACUAG